AUGUCCGGUCGCGGCAAGGGCGGCAAGGUGAAGGCAAAGGCCAAGUCGCGCUCCUCGCGCGCCGGCCUCCAGUUCCCGGUGGGCCGAAUUCACCGCCUGCUGCGCAAGGGCAACUACGCUGAGCGAGUGGGCGCCGGCGCCCCCGUCUACCUGGCCGCCGUCCUCGAGUACCUCGCCGCGGAAGUGCUCGAGCUGGCCGGAAACGCCGCCCGCGACAACAAGAAGACGCGAAUCAUCCCGCGUCACCUGCAGCUGGCCAUCCGCAACGACGAGGAGCUGAACAAGCUGCUGUCCGGGGUGACCAUCGCCCAAGGCGGCGUUCUGCCCAACAUCCAGGCCGUCCUGCUGCCCAAGAAGUCGGAGCAGAAGCCGCUGCCGUAG